AUGCCGCCCCCCCAUCCCCCCAUCACCUCCUCCCCCCAUCCCCCCAUCACCUCCUCCCCCAUCCCCCCAUCACCUCCUCCUCCCCCCUCCCCCCAUCCCCCCAUCACCUCCUCCUCCCCCCUCCCCCCAUCCCCCCAUCACCUCCUCCCCCCUCCCCCCUCCCCCAUCACCUCCUCCCCCCUUCCCCCAUCACCACCUCCUCCCCCCUCCCCCCAUCCCCCCAUCACCUCCUCCCCCCUCCCCCCUCCCCCAUCACCUCCUCCCCCAUCCCCUCCUCCCCCCAUCACCUCCUCCCCCCUCCCCCCAUCCCCCCAUCACCUCCUCCCCCCUUCCCCCAUCACCACCUCCUCCCCCCUCCCCCCAUCCCCCCAUCACCUCCUCCCCCCUCCCCCCUUCCCCCAUCACCACCUCCUCCCCCCUCCCCCCUCCCCCCAUCACCUCCUCCUCCCCCCUCCCCCAUCCCCUCCCCCCUCCCCCAUCCCCUCCCCCCCUCCCUCUUGGGUCCACAGUCCGCUGCUGAUCUGUGUCAAGCUUCAGUCAUAA